CGUCCAAUCAAAAUCUCCUGCGAAUGUGCGAAAGCGGAAGAAAUAAAGGUUUACGUUUAUCAACCGAGCUAGCUACCACUAGCUAACGUUUUCUUUUUCGUUUGAUCGUUUAAACAAACACCGAAGAAGGAUGGUUUGUGAGAAGUGCGAGAAGAAGCUCGGUAGAGUCAUCACUCCUGACACCUGGAAGGAUGGAGCACGGAAUACAACAGAGAGCGGUGGGCGUAAGCUGAAUGAGAACAAGAUGUUGACUUCAAAGAAAGCUAGGUUUGACCCUUACAGCAAGACAGGAUUUGCUACCUGCAGGAUCUGCAAGAGCUCAGUCCAUCAGUCUGGAUCACAUUAUUGCCAGGGCUGUGCAUACAAGAAAGGAAUCUGUGCGAUGUGUGGAAAAAAAGUUUUGGACACCAAGAACUACAAACAGACGUCUGUGUGACGGCAUGAUGAUCAGAGAAGAGUUCUGCAGGUGACAAAUAAGAGACUGUGAGAGACAUGGGAGACAUCUGGAGAUGGUUUCUCCUCUUAUUUUAAAAUAUCCUCUAAUGCUGCUGGAUAAUACAGUAGCCAUACACAGGCAAACACCGCUGUCUCCAAGUACACCGCCAGUUAUCUCCCGUUUCUCAAAUCGAGGCUUCCAGAUUUUUUGUUUAUUUUAAAUUGAGUAGUUAGACUUGAGUUCCUUGCUUUUUGACACUUUGAUUUCUGUAUGUAAUAUAUCCUGUGUUGUAUUUUUGAGUGAAUUAAAGCUUCAGCUAUGAGAACA